AUAGUUCAAAUGUCAGUUUAAUGAAAUAUGUCAAACAGAAACAUUGCGAGUGUAGUGAGUCGUUAUUAAGCCUAUUUUUAAUUAAUCUGAAUAAAUUUAGCAAAGAAGAGGAGGAACGGAGUAAACAGUUCAGUGAAUUCUGUCCCCCAGUUAACCUCAUUAAUUGUGUUCAUGUCUGUUGAGUGCAUCUAUUCAUUUUUAACAUUGCAGAAAUAAAUUUGUUUAACAAAUUCAGUGUGCUAUGUAUAGAAUCCGCAUUUUUUAACAAAUUAACCCAUAUUACGCUUGUGACAAUUAUUUAAAAUGGUGUUUAAUUCAAGUCAAUUAAAUUUAAACGUUGUUUUACUCGUGUUACUAGGAAUUUCUAACAAGGUCGACUUUAUAAUGGCACAUCAAUGCUACGUCUGUGGGCCAAGAGCCAAUAUCAGCUGUGAUAAGUUCGAUCCCACUGAUAAAACAUUUAUUAAAGACUGUCCUUCAGCCAAAGCUUGCAGCAUCCAAACACAUGGAAAUUUGGUCGAAAGGUCGUGUGAAGAAAUUGGAAUUCGCGACUGUAAAAUAGCAAAUAGUGUCCAGUACUGUUUCUGUUCAGAAAACUUGUGUAACGGCAAGACAAUCAAUUUCACCGAUGAUGAAGACUUGAAUGAGGAAGGGAGUGGCAUAUCUGUGAUAACCAACACCAUACAUAACGAGCAUAAAAAAAAUCACAUUGCAAGUCAAUCCAAUCAAGUCCGAUUUUAUUUUUGUAGCGCGUGGAUUCCAAUUCUAGCAAUACUGUGCAAUUAAGGCGAACGUUGGUAUUAUUUCAUCAGUAUUAAGUUAAGUCUUCCACCAAAGAUGAGUUUUCUAAUUGAUAUUAUUUAUUUUUGUUACGUUUUAAGUCAUUUUCAAACAUAUAGUCAAUUAUGGCAAUUGUUGUGCCAAAGUGAAGCUUUUGUAUUGAUAAAUUGAUUCUUUUUCUGUGAUUUUAUGCCGAAUCUUGUCAAUUUUAACUAGAUCUGUAACUAAAAUGUGAUUUUGAUUUUUAUAAUAAGAAAGAAUCAGUAUUUUGGAUAUGAAUAUAUUAUAAUGCGAUUGCUUGUCAGCUUUUAUACGUAUAAACACUGUAAUUUAGCCCUACUAUUGUCAUAAUUCCAGUGGUAUUUUAAUUUAGAUCUAGUCAUUGUAAAAUUAUGCAAAGUCCUCUCAGAUAAAAACCACUUUUUUACCCAUAAACACGCUUUAUUCUGAAAGGACUCACCAGUGACUUAACCAAAAAAUGCUCAAUAAAUUCAGAUUAAAA